AUGAAGCUGUUCGUGAGCUGUAUGAAGAACGUGCAAAACAGCCAAGGAACGGCUAUUUAUCACUUUCUGCAGGGGUAUGAUUGGGCCGGCUCGGAUAAAGUAACGGUCCUCGAUGUCAAUACCUCCAUUUCCGUCAGAGGCUCCACUUGUACCGCCAGUAUCGCACUAGCCCAUGCGUUUCCAGGCCUCAAUUUCAUCGUGCAGGACCUGCCAGACAAUGUCACGAACGGAAAGCGGCACUUUCUGAGCAGCGAUCGAGCGUCGUAUCCCGGAUCUUUCUUCCAGGCACACAAUUUCUUCGAAGAGCAGCUGUUCCAAGACGCAGACGUCUCUGCGCAGCGACGGCCAUUCUCAAGAACCUCUUCCCAGCGCUGA